CGUCCUUCUUCUCCACAAAAAAAGCCACCGCAACAGUUCUCAAAGCUGUCCAACGGACUCUGACAGCCUGUUCUCUUCUUUGUGGGUGUAUAUAACUCCGCCUACCCGUUUCCCUCUUACCAACCAACGCAGCCAUCAGCUCCGCUUCAAGACUCGAGCUUUUUGAGUCCUCUUUGCUUCUGUUUGUUUGGAAGACCAAGCGAUGGCCGAGGAGACCAAGACGGAGGCACCAGAGGCGGCUCCCGCCGAGGAGGUUGUCGUCGCGGAGGUGGCGGCCGCGGAGAAGGAGGUUGUUGAUGAGCCGCCGCCGCCGCCGCCUGCGCCUGAGCCUGAGCCUGCCCCCGAGGUGCAAAAGCCGACCAAGAAUCCGGCUUUGGAAGUCGCGUUGGCCGCUGAGGCGGCGGCCGAGGCGGAGGAGAAGAAGGCCGCGGCGCAGGAGGCGGAGGCGGCUGCUAAGGCCGCCACCAUCCUCCAAGCUGUCUCCUUUAAGGAGGAGAGCAACCUCGCUUCCGACCUCGAUGACCCCGAGAAGAAGGCCCUCGAGGAGCUCAAGCAGCUCGUCCAGGCCGCUCUCGCCAAUAAUGAAUUCUCCCCUCCUCCUCCUCCUCCUCCUCCGCCGCCGCAACCGGCCCCCGCUGUCGCUGCACCCACAUCUGCUGAGGAACCUCCUUUCAAGGCGGAGGAGGCCAAGGCCGUAGAGGAACCCGCUGCUACCCCGGUGGAAGAGCCCGAGAAGACCGUGGCGGAGGAGGCCAAGGCUGAGGCGGAACCCGCUGCUACCCCGGUGGAAGAGCCCCAUAAGGCCGUGGCGGAGGAGGCCAAAGCUGAAGCGGAACCCGCUGCUACCCUGGUGGAAGAGCCCCAGAAGGCUGUGGUUGAGGAGGCCAAGGCUGAAGAGGAACCCGCUGCUACCCCGAUAGAAGAACCCCAGAAGGCCAUGGCGGAGGAGUCGGCCCCACCGGCCAAGGAGGAAGAGGCCGAGAAGCCGGCGCCGGCGUCGGCGUCUCCUACGGCGGAGAAGGCCAUCGUGGUGGAUGAUGACGGCGCCAAGACCGUUGAAGCCAUAGAGGAAACCGUCGUCCCCGUCGCCGCUCCACCACCCGCAGAGACCGAGGCACCGGCGGCCGAAGCGCCGAAGGCGGAGAAGGAAGAGCAAAAGUCACCUGCUCCUCCCACCGAGCCGACUCCACCGGCGCCGGAGGAGGUCUUCAUCUGGGGCGUCCCGCUCCUCGGCGACGAGCGGAGCGACACCGUUCUCCUCAAGUUCCUCCGCGCCCGGGACUUCAAGGUGAAGGAAGCCAUGGCCAUGCUCAAGAACGCCGUGCUCUGGAGGAAGGAGUUCGGCAUCGAGGCACUCCUCGAAGAGGACCUCGGCGUCCUGGAGAUGGAGAAGGUGGUCUUCAUGCAUGGAGUCGACAAGGAGGGCCACCCCGUGUGCUACAACGUCUACGGGCAGUUCCAAAACAAGGAGCUUUACGCAGCAGCCUUCGCCGAUGAGGAGAAGAGGAAGCGGUUCUUGAGGUGGAGGAUUCAGUACCUGGAGAAGGGUAUAAGAAACUUGCUUGACUUCAAGCCGGAAGGGGUUUCAACAAUGGUGCAGGUCACUGAUCUCAAAAAUUCCAUUGGCCUGGCAAAGAAGGAGCUCCGCCAGGCUCUCGACCUGCUUCAAGAUAACUAUCCCGAGUUUGCAGCCAAGCAGGUGUUCAUCAAUGUCCCCUGGUGGUACCUGGCUUUCAACAGGAUGAUUAGCCCAUUCUUUACACAGAGGACCAAAAGCAAGUUCGUCUUUGCAGGGCCAUCUAAAUCAGCGGAGACUCUUUUCAAAUACAUAGCUCCCGAGCAAGUCCCUGUUCAAUUUGGAGGCCUGAGCAAGGAGAAUGACACAGAUUUCAGCACCGCUGAUGCUGUUAUAGAGACAACCAUUAAGCCCUCAACAAAGCAAGCGAUCGAGAUUCCAGUUGCUGAGUCAUGCAUUCUUGUUUGGGAGCUUCGUGUUCUGGGUUGGGACGUGAAUUAUGGUGCUGAGUUUGUGCCUAGUGCCGAAGACGGAUACACAGUGAUUGUGCAGAAGUCGAGGAAGAUGGUCGUGACCGAUGAGCCUGUGGUGAAGGACAGCUUCAAAAUUGGAGAGGCUGGCAAGGUGGUUCUCACAGUGGACAACACCACCUCCAAAAAGAAGAAACUCCUCUACAGAUACAAGACCAAGAGCUCUAGUGAUUCAAUUUGAGGUGCUUGCUGUUACCCAAUCGUGAUAACCGAAAGAAGACAUAGCGCUUUCUGUUGAUUACAUAGAGUUCUAGCACUUUACGUUCAUGGAUUUUGUGUUGAGUUAAUUGUUUUGCAUGAUCUAAGUGGAUGGAUGCUGUUCUUUGCGAGUCAGAAUUCGUUUUGUGGAAAUAGGUACAAUGAGGACCUCUCUUGCUGCUGUCCUGUAAAUUAAAUCUUGUAUACAUGCUGUCUGUCAUAUGAUUUUUGCUUGUGUUCAGAGUUCCAGCCAUGAGAGCUGCUAUCUGCUGUCUGAGUUCUUCAUUUCCUUCUUGGUUCUGUCAUUUGGAAGUAUAUUAUCUAUUUGCUGUCUUCUUCAA